UUUAAAAUGUUUUGAAUUAUGAAGAAUGUUCUUGACAGAAACAGAAAAGACCCGUAGUCAUGUUUAUAUAAUAUAUAUAUAUAGAGAGAGGAGUUGCUAGAAGGAACUAAGAACAACAGAUCUACAGAAUUUGCAAUUAUCUCUCUCCAGGAAGAAGGAAUUGGAGGAAUUGGAGGAAUUUGGAAUUUUGAUUUGAAAAUGAAGAACUCUGUAUCGGAUCGUAGUUUUUACAUUGAAAGUUCUGAUGAUGAAGAUUUGGAGAAGGAAAUCGACAAUGACGAUGGAAGCGAUUCGGAUUCGUCUAGUUCAUCGGCGGAUAAUCGGAAUCAUAAUCAACCAAGUUCUUAUAAUACCGCCGCUUGGCCUCAAAGUUACAGGCAAUCAAUUGAUAUGCUGGGAAGUUUACAUUCACCAAGUAUUGGGCUUCUAGGAACUUCAUCAUUAGCCAGAUUUGGAAGCUCAUUUCUUUCAUCCUCAUUAACAAGAAGAUUCACUCCCGAAGUAUUCUCUUCUUCCAUUUCAAAACCUCUGCUCCCCACAGUAAUAGACGAACCCCAAAAACAUCCCUCUUAUUCUCAUCUCGGCCCUUCACUUCCUUCUAGGCGAUCUUCCUUAUCCGUUAGAAGGGAUGACAAAGACAAGCCCGUCAUUGAUUCUCAUGGCCUUCCCAUUUCUCGCCAUAGUACUUUUGGCCAAGCUGUUGUUAAUGGGAUCAAUGUGCUGUGUGGGGUGGGAAUACUUUCGACUCCAUAUGCAAUGAAGGAAGGAGGAUGGUUGGGAAUAUCCAUAUUGAUGAUAUUUGCGGUGCUUUCAUUCUACACUGGAAUACUCCUGCGUGCUUGUUUGGAUAGCAGACCUGGCCUUGAAACUUACCCUGACAUUGGCCAAGCUGCUUUCGGUGCCAUGGGCCGUGUCGCCAUCUCGAUCGUGUUGUACGUGGAAUUAUACGCUUCUUGUAUCGAGUACGUAAUCUUGGAGAGCGACAAUUUGUCUACAUUGUUUCCCCGUGCGCACAUAAGUUUUGGCGGAUUGGAAAUAAAUGCACACCUUUUAUUCGCUAUUGCAACUGCCCUUGCUGUUCUUCCGACUGUUUAUCUUCGGGAUCUCAGUAUUCUAAGUUAUAUCUCUGCUGGUGGAGUUGUUGCAUCAAUCGUGGUGGUUUUAUGCUUGUUCUGGGUUGGUUUCGUAGACGAUGUUGGUUUCCACGGCAAGGUGACUCCACUGAACCUCUCAAGUCUACCAGUUGCUCUGGGUCUGUACGGUUUCUGCUACUCAGGACAUGCUGUAUUUCCCAACAUCUAUAGCUCAAUGGGUAAACAAAGCCAAUUCCCAGCAGUUCUUUUGACAUGUUUUGGCAUUUGUACUUUGAUGUAUGCUGGAGUCGCUAUUAUGGGAUACUUAAUGUUUGGAGAGUCUACAUUAUCCCAGUACACUCUUAACCUCCCCCAGGAUUUGGUUGCUUCAAAGAUUGCUGUGUGGACUACGGUAGUAAACCCGUUUACCAAGUAUGCAUUAACUAUAUCUCCAGUUGCAAUGAGUCUGGAGGAGUUCAUACCACCAAACCAUCCCAAGUCUCAUAUGUAUUCCAUCCUAAUUAGAACUGGUCUUGUAAUUUCUACCUUACUGGUUGGCCUUUCUGUCCCCUUUUUUGGUCUUAUGAUGUCAUUGAUUGGAUCAUUGCUAACAAUGCUUGUGACUUUAAUACUCCCUUGUGUAUGUUACCUGAGCAUUUUGAGGGGAAAAGUAACAUUUUUGCAGAGAACACUUUGUUGCAUAGUUAUAGCAGUAGGAGUUAUUGCAUCAGCAUUUGGAUCAUAUUCAGCUCUUAAGAAAAUCAUUGAGAAAUUGAGCGGCUGAAGAUUUUGUCUUCCCAAACACCAAGAGUCACUGGUUCUGCAGCAUAGAUUCUGGUAGAUUUUGUGUACCUUUUUUCAUAUUGUAUAUUGAAUUAUAGAGGAAAUCUAGAAUAUCAUGUUUCCCCUUGAAACGUAGGUGAGUUAAUUUGUUCAUUGAUACCUGUGUUGUUAUCCCCCUUGUGUUGUCAAUACCUUGGUUUAUUUUCAUCUUCAUUAGAAAUUUAGACAUUAAUGAAAACCAUUUUGUUACAUUAACGGAAUCUUAUUACUAGAGAUGGUGAAUACAACCAUUGGUUCUUCUGA